GGGGACGGGGAUGGAGAAGAUGGCGGCGGGGCCGUGAUCGCCUCAGGAACCCCCAGGAUGUGGCCGCUCCUCAGGGCUCCGCGGCGCCCGCCCCCGGCUCCCCGCAGGGCUCUGUCCAAGCCGGCCGGGCCGCGAAGCUUCCGCCAGGUGAAGGAGGCUGAGGAGACCGCCCCGAUUUUCCAGUACGUGGGGAAAGCGGCCAAGAGGAAAGAUCGCGUCUUCGUCUGGGGCUUCUGCUACUCGGGAGCUCUGGGCAUCCCCAGCUUCGUGAAGCCCGAUGUGGGCUGGAAGAACCCGCGGAGGAUCCAGUCUACUCCCUACAGGCUGGAGACGGUGGAAAAGAUCUCCUCUGCUGCCUGUGGCUAUGGAUUCACACUGCUGUCCUCUAAAACCCCAGACAUCAUCAAAGUGUGGGGCAUGGGGCUGAACAAGGAUUCCCAGCUUGGAUUCCAGAGAAGCAGAAGAGAUCGAACUAAGGGCUAUGAAUAUGUCUUGGAACCAUCUCCAAUCCCAUUACCACUGGAGAAGCCACAGCAGACUCGAGUCUUGCAGGUGUCCUGUGGGAGAGCCCAUUCCCUGGUCCUGACAGACAGGGAAGGAGUUUUCACCAUGGGAAACAAUUCUUAUGGACAGUGUGGCCGGAAGGUUGUUGAAGAUGAAACUUACAGUGAAAGCCAUCUGAUCCAUCAGCUGAAUGAGUUUGACAGCAGAGUUGUCCAGGUUGUGUGUGGGCAGGACCACAGCCUGUUUAGAACCCAGAAAGGUUCAGUCUAUGCAUGUGGAUGGGGAGCUGAUGGACAAACAGGGCUUGGACACUACAACAUCACCAGUGUUCCCACCAAGCUACGUGGUGACAUUGCAGGAGUAAACAUUAUUCAGGUCUCUUCCUAUGGGGAUUGCUGUCUGGCUGUGUCAGAUGAAGGAGAUGUCUUUGGCUGGGGAAAUUCAGAAUACUUGCAGUUGGCAUCUGUCACAGAAACCACCCAGGUGAAUGUUCCCAGACAUUUGCCUUUCAAGAUUGGGAAGAUCAAGGAGGCUGCCUGUGGAGGAACUGGCAAUCUUGUGCUAACAGAAGAAGGAAAUGUUUUUGUCUGGGGAUAUGGAAUUCUUGGGAAAGGACCAAACCUGCUAGAGACAGCAGUGCCAGAGAUGAUCCCACCCAAUCUUUUUGGCUCCUCAGACCUCAGCCCGGACGCCCGCGUCGCUCACGUUCGCUGUGGGCUCAGCCAUUUUGCAGCCCUCACCAACAGAGGAGAACUGUUUGUAUGGGGCAAGAACCUAAGAGGAUGCCUAGGAACUGGAAGAAAGGAAGACCAGUAUUUCCCAUGGAGGGUGACUGUCCCCGGGGAGGUGGUGGAUGUUGCUUGUGGAGUUGAUCAUAUGGUCAGCAUGGUGAAGUCUUUCACCUAGUGAUGCUGCUGGGCCUCAGCACCCUGAUGAGAAGACUUGCUGCUGACAAACUGCUUGGAAAAGAACCCAUCCCACAAAGCCAAAGAAGAAGUGACUGUGAGCUGGGACAGCCCAAGCAGUGCCUGGGUGUGGUGUCAUCUCUGCAUCAUUGAAAAGCUCUGGCCUGGCUGCAGAAGGAUUUAUGUUCCCUGAGGAGAGUGGAAAUGCAGGGAGUGCUCUGGCUGGUUCAUAAGGAGCUUCCAAAGAGCCUGAAGCCCAUCCCAGAGCUGGUGAAUUCCCUCCAUGUGGAAGGGUGAAGAGCAUCUCCCUCAGGAGGACUGGCAUGGGAUGAAAUCCGUAGCAGAGGCCAUUGAUUUAUGGAUUUAUGGCCACUUCCCUGUCACCAGCUCAGGGCUGUCAGUGUUGGGCUGAGCCAAAUCUGUUUCUCAAAGGAAAGGUUUUCUCUUUUUUGGAAUUAUUCUUUAUGUGGCAUAAACAUCAGGCUGGCUGCUGGAGCCAGCACCAGCUGCACCCUGCCCAGGCUGUGGGAGGGCAGGAGGUGGUGUAGGAGAUGGAGGCAGGAGCAGUGCUCUGCCCCUGGGUGGGAAGGUGUUUUCCCUGAGGACUUGAGAGACUGCACACCCAAAGAACUCCUUUGUUGAGCUGGAAAAGUGAGAACUGGUUUGCAGGGGGCAGUACAGGUAAUUUGAAGAAGGCAGGGAAAGGGGAAGCACAGAGGUGGAAGGCCAGGUGGGCAAUGGGCACAGCCAGUCCAAGCUGCUGAUGGAGGCAGGCUGGAAACAAAGCUUUCUGUGAGCAGGGUUGGUGCUCAGUGGACAUUACUCACUGCUUAUCAGGGACUUUUUUCUUUAUGUGCUGACCCCAAACAUUGCCUUGGAUUUUUUGGGGGAGUCUGUGUACCCCUUCUGCCUCCCCAGGGGUGUGGUGGCUUUGUUCCCAAGGCCCUUGUAAACCAGCCAGGCUUUUUGGCAGUGCCUAGCAGGGAGAGGACUCUGAGCAGGUAAGCAGCAGAGCCUUUUUUCUUGAUGCUUGCUUAGCAGAGAAGUUGUGCUGACCACAUUCGGGACACAGUAACCUGCUGGGGAUGGGAUGGGAUGGAACAGCUGUGUGCCUGGAGCUGCAACUCACCACAUCUCAGGGUGGGAAACUGCCUCCUGGGAAAUACUCCAAAUAUCAGGCAGAGUUGCACCAUUUCACUCUGUGCAGAAUACUGUGUCAAUUAUUUUGGCUAAGUCCUAGCUCAUAUGUUUUUAAUAAAGUGUUUUAUAAAAUCUUUAUCAUUA